AUGGGUUUAUGAUUUGCUUUAUUCAAGAAUGCAGUAACUUACAAAUUCAUAGCCAUGCUUCAACAAUUAUGAAAACUUUAGCGGCGUUGCGUUUUUACUUAAAACCAGAUAAAUCUUGUCCAGCUGAUUAAGUUUACUCUAAGCGGAAAGAGAACCCCGACCAUGACGCUGCUACAUAUUUUAAUCACUGUAUUGUUUUCAUUGGUUCACAUCAGCAAAGGCGGAUCCUCCAGAAGUUCCUACAUUGUAGGAGGGCUCGAUAUCGACAUCACAGAUGUACCUUAUCAGGUUUCCUUGCAGACUAGAAAUCAUAGUCACUUUUGUGGGGGAUCGAUCAUUUCCCGCUCUUGGGUUCUAACUGCUGCACAUUGCACUGAAAAUGAAAACAUAACCGAUUAUGGCGUUAGAGUUGGAACCGCGAACUAUUCCUCAGGUGGAGAGUUUAUUCCCAUCAAAAAUAUAGUUCCACAUCCAAAGUAUGGCACAAAACGUCGCGAUUAUGAUUUUUCUUUGCUGCAGUUGGUUAAACUGAUAGUCUUGAAAAGUAAUUCCCAAAUUAUAGCUUUGCCAAGACAGAACGAAGUUGUUAUGGAUAAUACGCCUUGUAUCAUCUCUGGAUGGGGUAGCAUUCGAGACACAGAUAGAAAAUCAUCUGAAAUUCUUCAAGCUAGUAGCGUUCUGGUGUAUAAUCAAAGGAAAUGCAAUAGUAUACAUGAGGAGGAGUUGACGGAUCGCAUGAUUUGUACCAGUGUGUGGAUUUUUAUCGCGAACAAACAGAACCAACCGAAAGGAAGAAAAACUGCCGAGUGGUUCACUGAUCACUUUUUCGUCCAAACACUGAUUUGUACAGAAACCCACGGACAAAGAGGCACCUGUUCAGCAGACUCCGGCGGUCCUGUAGUUGCUAACAGAAAACUUAUUGGAGUUGUGUCUUGGGGUGGUACUAACUGUGGAGAUCCUGAAUAUCCUGAUGUGCAUGCAAGGGUAUCUGCAGUACGUGAUUGGAUCUAUAAUGUGACUAAUAUAUAAUUUACUGAGAAAUAACAUCCAUAAUUUCGCUAACCUACAAGGAAUAGAGUAUUGUUCAAACAUUGAUUAUAACUUC